AUGGAGUCCCCGCUAAAAAACAUCAAAGAACAGGUUACUUGUUCAAUAUGUCUGGAUACUUUUACUGAUCCCAAGACAAUAACCUGCCUCCACACAUUCUGCUUUGAGUGUUUGAAGAAACACGCACUGAUCAGCCAAAGGGAUGGAAAGUUUCGCUGCCCCGAGUGUCAAGCUGAAGUCGAUCUUCCCGAAGCAAACCGUUUUGACAAACUUCCGACCAGUUUUCAUCACAAUAGUCUACUCAGUGUUCUCACCAUACGACAGAGCGGCAAAGGAAAUGACAUCAGUUGCGGCAUUUGCAAGAAAAAGAGUGCGGAGAUAAGUUACUGCUUCGAAUGCGCUAAAUUCAUGUGCAGUGACUGUGUAAACGCACAUCAACUGUUUAGUCACUUUACAGAAGGACACAAAGUGACGCCAGUCAAACGUUUCCAAGCUGAAGACUACGAUGCCCUGAUGAAGAGGAAGUCACUGUGCUCCCAGCAGAAUCAUGAGCGAGAAGUUACGAGGUUUUUCUGCCACAAAUGCAAACUUUGUGUUUGUCAAAUUUGCAUCACUACGGAUCACAAGGCACACGAGGGUCAUGAUGUGGAACUCUUGGACAAAGUGGCAGACUGCGAGAAAACUAAUAUCCUGAUGAGAACCGAGAUAUUAAAGGAGAAAACCAAAGUUGUCAGCGAUGCAAUUUGUAAAUAUGAACAAACAGUAUCUGAGCUUGAAACAAAUAUCGCUAACGCUAAACGUGAAGUUUCCCAAACAGCCGAACAAAUGAUCGCCAAGAUUCGAGAACACGAACGUCAUAUCAUCACCACACUCGACAACACGCGUGAGUCAAGGGCGGAUAAGUUAAACUCGCACAAGCACGAGUUCAAUCCUUGCUAAAGCAGUUUAACCAAGCAGUCAAGUUUGCUGAAAAUCUGAUUCAAAGAAGCUCCAGCUCAGAUGUAAUGCACAGCAAGAAUGAUCUAGAACAACGAUUUGAUCACCUCAACAACACGCCGAUCCCGAAACUUCCGGUGAAUUCAUUUGUGAAGUUUUUCCCUGCAGAAGGGGAAAAUUUGACCCUCGGUUGCUUAACAACAAGUGAACCAGUGGUGAGAGUGAAUAAAGAUUUCCAAGCCGGUGUUGAAACAGAAUUUGAGGUCAAUCCAGGAAUACAUGAGCUACAAGUGUGUGAAAUGAAAGUGGUCGUGGAACCCGCUGAUAAAGCAGGAAGUUUGAUAACUUGUGAAAAAGAUGGAAUUUUGCUGGCGAAGUUAACACCUGAAUUUCCUGGUACCUUACAAAUCUCAGUACAGAUUAAUGGUGAGACUGCAGCCAGUCCUUACACUGUCCAUGUGAAACAACGGCUUAUUCACCUUGUGAAAGAGUUGAGAUUGAAAGAAGAAACGUUUCAAAGCCCACACGGGAUUGCUGUGAACAGAAAAGGUCUAAUCGCUGUUGCUGACCAAGAAAAACACCGUAUCCUGAUAAUUGACAUGGAAGGAAACUGUGUAAGAAAAGUAGGCUGUUAUGGAAACAAAGUUGGACAGCUCAACCGUCCAACUGACGUCACAUAUCUAAAUGAUGAUAACAUUCUUGUAGCGGAUCAAUUAAAUCAUCGCAUUCAACAAUUUAACAUUCAAACAGGGAACUCUGUGAAAAGCUUUGGAAAGAAAGGGACCAGGGAUGGGGAGUUUCAGAACCCUGUCAGUGUUUGUGUAGAUGAUGUAGGGCGUGUUGUUGUAGCUGAUGGCUUGAACAGUACAGUCCAGGUUUUAUCACAGGAUGGUGAACCUUUGUUUAAACUUAAAGACAGUGGACCAGAAAAACUUGACCGUCCUGUUGCAUGUAUUUACCAUCAGAACAAGUACAUUGUCUCUGACUGGGGUAAUGAUUGCUUGAAAGUUUAUAACAAGUCAGGGAAGUGUUUGUACAAGAUAGAGAAUCAAGGCAAGGGUGAUGGACAGUUGUGUGGUCCAUGGGGACUGUGUGUCCAGAAAUGUGGCAAUUAUUACAACCUUAUUGUAUGCAAUGCUGGCAAUGGUCGUGUUGAUCAGUUUACACUGGAGGGGUGUUUCACUGGAAAAACUGUUCAAAAGUUACAGAGACCUGCAGCAAUAACUGCAACAUCAGAUGGACAUAUUUUUGUUUCAGACUGUAAAGCCAAUAAGAUUCACAUCCUGAAAUAAGCAACAAAUUGUAAUAGAGAUCUCAGUAUGAUACAAUAUAAAAAUAAAUGGCCGCUGAACACAAUCGGUCAGUGGGACUUUCAAUGACAAUGUCGGACAAAUGUUUCUUAGAGGGAGAAGUGUGACAACACAAUUUCAGUGAAGCAAUUGCAAAGCAUAAGAGGACAAAGUUUACCAAAGUUAGAGGAUAGUGAGUACACUAUGAGUUAUAAGGCGGAAAAUAAGUGACAUUUUGAAGACAAUUUCAUAAGGCUUGAUACAUAAUGUAGUUGUGUAAGUUUGUUUCUGAUAUAUAAGGUGAAAGAAACGCUCUUUCUACUAUUUUUAGAGAGAGUGUCACUGACAAUUUUGUUGCAGUUUGGAAAUCCAAAAGACAAUUCACUCGUCAAUAGCAAAUGAGGCAAAAUUUAAAAAAAAGAAAGAAAAACACAGCUUUGGCACUCAUUACAUGUAAUUCACUUUGUUUUUGGUCAAAGCGCGUGGCCAAAAUAGUUUCAUAAUUACGCAAAAUUUUCUCAGUUUAUAUUGUAGACUAGUUAGGUCUUUUAGGAGUGUCUCCAAGAAACCCACAUACACAAAAUCACAAGGCUACGCAAAAUCUGACUUAGGAAAUUUUUCGUAAAAGUCAAGAUCGUAAUAGGCAGUUAUACUUUUUCCGACUUCUGGCAUCAUGACCCACCUCCCCUCUUUUUGAUUUCUAUCGAUAUGGAAGAAAGUAGUACUUUGGUACGUCACUAGUUUGAUUACUAUUUUUUGUGCCUCAUAUAGUACACAAUAAAAAUUUAUUUUACUUCCUUCACCUUGCUUCACUGGUGAUCUAACAGAACUUUUUCAUAUCGCUGGAUCAGAAAGGAAUAUUUUUAUUUUAGCUGUUUUGAAAAAUGGAAUUAUCGUCCAGACGUGCUGCCCAUUUAUCGUAAAACCUAUAUUCACAUCAGAGCUGCCCGUGUGGAUCCACAUCCCUUGAACCGCUAGCUUGCGAGGAAGCUCUCCAUUCGAGUGGCGAGGGAAGCGAGCCGCGAGAGAACGCGCGAGGAGGGCUUGAUUGCAGGCUAUUGUACCGCUUGUAAAGUCAUCAGAUUAAACGGUCAUUAACAAGUUGACCAAGCUGUGCAAGAAAAGUUCAGAGAUAACGAAAACGACUGGAAUGAACAAGAAAGCCAAACCCUUUUCAAAUUUUUUAGAAAGGACCCAAACGCCUACUUCCUAAAAUUCGAAGCUCUUGUAACUUCUUGAUUUUUUUACUUCUUUUAUUUAUACUUACUACCAUAUAUUCACGUAACUAACUUGGUUUUCAAUUUAUGUUCGCGAAAUAAUUGAAUCAAAUUAAUACUAAAGAUUACACACUGCUGGCUGACAUUUGAGAGAAAAGAACUGGAGUUCCCAAUACACUAGUUUCCGGUUCAUUGUAUGGACUAAAAUACUCGUCACAAAUCGUUGAAACAGGAGCCACUUGUCUUGAAUUUUCUCCAGAUUUCUUACAUUCACUCUUCACACCUUUGUUCUCACUCAAAUGUGCCCCUCUCCUUCCCCAAUGUUGAGCCGAGCGUAUUUUGGAGCACUAAAAUGACUGCAAACCCAAAUCAACAUUGGGGAGGGGAAAAUCACACAAGUGUUUCAAGAUUUGUGACGAGGAUUGUACAUUAGUGAGUCCUCGAGAACCGGACAACAGCGGUGAAACUCCGGCCGGCGUACACAAUCUGUGCAAACGUUUAGAAGGAUGGUUUGAAUGGUAGGGCUUGAAUGCAAACUGAUGGGCUGUAAAUCAUUUUGGACAAACUUGUUUUCAGAUUCGAGGGGGUUAUGACUGAAGACGCAUCAGGUUCGUUUCUAUUUGAAUCUGAAGACGAGAAUUGCUGUUCAUCCGAGCAAAUUGGCGAUGAUGAGGAAGAGAGAAGCGAAUGAUUAGAAAAAGAAAACAAUGAUACCGAGUUCAUUUCCUGCCUGCUGGGAGAGCAACCUGGGGAAGAAAAUAGGUCAGGCGUUCCGCUUGACUGUUUUGAAAACCAAGAACGGGAUUUGCCUUCCAAGAGUCUUGGAGAAGAAUAUAAACCUGGCGUGUAAGGACAAACUCCUUUCGCAAGAGACAGAGAUUGUGAAAAAAACUCAGAAGAAGUGUGCAUCAUCUCAAAACUUAAUGAUUUAACAUGUCAUCUGCCAACGAAUAACUGUUUCCUUGAUCAUGACAAGCAGCUUCUUAGCUUUCGGCUCGGUGGAUCCCCGCUUCAUUCUCAUUCUGAUCAUGUGACCAUUUGUUUGGCUCUUCGUGCUUCAGGGACGGGGUACAAACGACUUCCUCUUCAAGUAACUCUUCGGUUGAUUCUAAGCCACACACAACCUUCCCUUGCUUUAUUAUUUCUUCCUGACAAUGAGUCGGCUUAUAUAUUGUUCUUCAUAAAACGUUAGUUUGUAAAUUAACAGGGGCACCCAACGACAAUUUUCGGAAAAAUACCUGUUCGGUAGACGAUUUGAGAUCUAGAAUUUUCGGAACAUUUGUUGUAAAAUUUCUUGCUUGCCUGCCUCUCCUAGGAUUUUCGAACAUCUAAAAAAUGGUAUAAUUGCCCAUGUUUAACGGAUUUUUACCCUAAAAAGGUCACCUAGAAUUUUCGGGAGCCUUUUUUCUGGCUGAAAUUUUCGAAAAGUUAAGUUUUGAUCCCUAUAAUUUUCGGAUCACUAGACCUUCAGCUAAGAAAUCGGAACAGAUGAAAAAUUUUUAGGGGAUAAAAUAUGCCUAUAUCUACCGUUUAAAUACCAAAAUACCUUCGUCAAUUCUAUGUUUAAGUGGUUUUGAACUAUAUUCUCGUUGGGUGCCCCCGAAUUAACAGAAGAAUGCCUCUUUUGCUUACUUCUUGUUACAACUUUUUUAGGAAUGGACUUUUCAGAGUGCUCUUUGAAAAUAUUUUCACAGUUUCUAAGCAAAUUAGAAUCCGAUAGAUCAAUGUCACUACUGUUUUAUUCACCAUUGAAUCGGUUUUACCGAAACAUCGUUGCCUUACAGAAUCCUGUUGCGUGCAAAAUUAAAGCCAUCACCGUCAGUUAAGUUCAAAACGUUAUCAGAGUGUUCAGUGUUGUUUCUUUUCGCAAAGUCUUUAAUAUUGUGCUCGUUACUAGCAGCCAAUGCUUUAGACACCUCUACCUUUUGAUUAAGGUCAAAUGCAUCAGCGGACCUCAUAACAUCAGCAGGUGCCAACGAUGUUUUCUGCAAUGUAGUUUCGCAAUCGAGCUCCAUAUCAGCCAAGAAAGCGUCGAGAUCUUCAGAAGAAGGGAAAUCAGUAAAUUCUGUGUAAUCCUCUUGAAUAAAUCCAUAAACGACAUCACUGAAACUAACAGUCUGUGACGUAACUAUCUCAUCGGGCGUCUUCUCUUCUGACGUCACGCAUGAUUUAGGUCUGGUUGACAUUUUAGAAUUUAUGAUUGGCUGAGAUCGUCCUUUCGUUUUAUUUAAAGCAUCCAGCUUCAAAUCGGCUAGAAAUGCACUGAGAUCCUCUGACGAAGGGAAGUUAUCGUACUCUGUCCAUUCACAAGAAGCUUGCUCUUCUUUGCAGAUGUCAAGUUUCUCGGAAUGUAGUUCCUUUGUUUGAGAAGUUAGCUGUGUAAGGCGAGGCGAAUUUGAGUAAUGGCUGCUGGUGUCUUCCUCCUGAGAUGAAACUUGAUCGCUUCCAUCUAAAAUAUAAAAAGAAAACACCUAUGAACACAUUAUGGGGAAACCAAACUAAAUUUUACAUAUACUAACAUACGAUUUUUAUCAACACCUAAGUACCUGCACUAAAGAUUUUUAUUAGAAAGCGAAUCUGUGUUAAAAUCAAAUACAAAGUCGUAAGUCGCAAGGCUCUAUUCUUCCUUCUUAAUACUGGUAUUAUUUCUUGGGCGAAGGUACCUGAGUCAAAAAAGAGAAUAUCCACGGAAAAACAAAAUCGGAGCACAUGACCCUUUCUUCAACUCUCGUAGAAUUGGUGACAUAAAUCCCAACCAACCCGGAGACCACUAGCAAUAUAAAAGACCUCUUAAUAAGAAAGCUUGCAUUUAUAAAUUUGAUUCAAAAAACAGUACACUACCAAUAUAUUAAAAUAUGUCCACAGUUCACAGCUGAUACAGGCAAAUAUUAAGUUAAAGUUCUGAUGAGGAAUUCGUGACCCUGUCAGACUGCAUCACAAAAAAACAAUGAUUAUUCAGUUAAACGAUGCGGAUCCAAAAUCUAAGAGUUUUCCAUUUGAUACCAAAACUUGCCGUUCAUUCUCACACUAUCUUUCACUCACAAAACAAAAAAUCAAAAGAAUGAUUGGAAAUUGUGUCAACCUCUGCUCCACAAUCAGAGGGUAAGUUUGGUUGGCUACCUGAAAUAUCAAAAUGUCUUUAGGGACUGUGCAAUAAUUAUCUGGAGGGGGGGGUUCUAAGAUUAAUAGGGGGGGCCUGAACUUAAACCAAAGCGCAGGGUAGGGGGGGUAAGAGGUAAUUUCUUAAACAUUUGUAGGGGGGGUUAGAAGUUAAACUGAGAGGUCUGAUCUCAAUCCAUGGACUCAAGAUAAUGUAUAUUACAUGUAAGCUAAUCAAAAUCAAUUUUUGGAAUCUUUUAAGAAAUAUUAAUAUUAACAGCUUCAAAACCUUGUACUAAAAAUGAACAGUUUAUCUCAACAAUAUUAAACAUAUAUUCAAGAACUUGAGUUAAAUCCCGAGUUGGUUUUGAACAAGCACUUCCGCUUCCCCAACGAAGCAUUUACAGGAAAGCAAGUCCCUCAUGACUCGGCGCAGAACGAGGCAGAACGCACUAAUGCUGCAAUUGGAGAAGCUCUUACGACAGGAAGUCCGGUCGCCCCACCCAAUGACCCUUUUCAUGGGCUUCCUACUGCAGAAUUGGAAAGAAUGUGCUUGAAAGACAUAGAACAACACUGCAUUGCCUGGGAGGAAGCAAAUACUUGGUCAAUGGCCAACCAAAUUGCACAGCGCAUUCAUGACGAAUCGGGUCCUGGAAAGAAUGACUUCCUGAUCUCCCUUGCCAGCUACCAUCCGGAAAGUCACAUCCUGCUUCAUCUCUCGAAGUACCUUCUUAAAUGGAGGAAGGCUUCUCCACAGCAACGACACAAAAUAUGCGGGAACGGAGUUUUUUCAAAGCUUCAAAAGAUGAAAGAUGCCCAUGUGAAGCAAGGACAAUACUACCUUGAGUACUUGAAGUUUUCAUGUGACCCAACCUGCGAUGAAUGCGAGGAAGAAGGUUGGACAGGUGGCAUUCCCAUUACACGAUCUCCAUUGCCAGCCCUUGAUCCGUCCUCGCCAGGAAAGUAUCUCCCAGUUGAUGAACCUCGUUUGGCUCCAAGCGAGGUUGACAGUAUCCUUCCUAGUGUACAAGUGAAGAAGAUGUUUGUUGAAAAGAAAGUGACCUCUUCUGAUAACCAGGCCAUACGGCAAGCAUGCUUAAAGCUUAACAUCGACGAAAGUUCUUGCAGAAGAUAUCUUCAGCACCUUGAAUUCUUGGCUCUAAAAGCAGACAAAAGAAAUCUGGAAAGAAACACCAUUCCAGAAGAUAUUUGUUGGGAGAGCAGAGACGAUGUUGAAAGACUGACUAACAAGCAACUUCGGCUCUAUCUAAGGCAAGAAGGUCUAAUGGUAUCUGGAAACAAGGCACAAUUAGUUGAGCGAAUACUUAAGCAUGCAGAUGGUUCUGUAGCAAGAACAUUUGAUGAAGACAUCGAAGAUGAUGAUGAAAACAUGCCCUCCAGUUCUCAUGAUGAUACCUCAAGUGAUUCUGAGGAGGAGUCAACCGAGUAUGAAGGUGGUUCAUCAGGCGACGAUUAUGUGGAGCGCAGCUUCCAAGUUUUAUUUAUUGAUGAUGCAGACAUACCAGAAGUAGUGUAAAGGUAAAGAGGGAUGUAGGGAGGAUCGGAGGUUGGGGAGGGGGGGUUGAAAGUAAUCUCCCCUCUAGACGGGGGUGGACAAGAAGUUAUUUUAACUUUAAUUCAGGGGGGGUGCAACUUUAUUUUAAGGCCUACUUUGCUAAUUUUAGAACCCCCCCUCCAGAUAAUUAUUGCACAGUCCCUUAUUGUAACACACACGGAAUGAGAUAGAGAAUAAUACUAAUCCGAAUUCUUUAAAGGCUCAAGCUCAGUUACAACAUGGACUUUUGGACUUGAACAGAACCAUUUGUAUUAUGAACCCAAAGUGAAAGAAUAUUUCCUCUGUAACACAAAUGUAUCCGUCAGUGUGCGCAGUUUCUUUGUUGUUGUCAAAACAAUUUCAGACAAGUCACGCUUAGAGACCUUUAAAGCUUCUUUGAAACUUCCGCUUUUAAACUAAGGUCAGAGGGUGGAAAGAUUUAAAUUUGGUUGGCUGCCUAGCUGUCUGCAAUGAAAUGCAAAUUGUUUUUGUAACACUAGUAGCGCUUUAUAUGCUCCAAGUUUCCCGGAAUCACUCUAAACAAGAAUAGGGUGUGUUCUGUCGCUGUAAAAGGAAACUCGAACGAUGGAGUCUUUGUUAAAGAAUCUCAAAGAACACGUUACUUGCUCAAUCUGUCUGGAUACUUUCACCGAUCCCAAGACAAUAACUUGCCUGCAUACAUUCUGCUUUGAGUGUAUAAAGAAACACGCACUGAUCAGCCAACGGAAUGGAAAGUUUCGCUGCCCCGAGUGUCAAGCUGAAGUUGAUCUUCCAGAAGCAAACCGUUUUGACAAAUUACCGACCAGUUUUCAUCAUAAUAGUCUACUCAGUGUUCUCGCCAUACGACAAAGCGGAAAAGGAAAUGAUGUCAGUUGUGGCGUGUGCAAGAAAAUGAGCGCAGAGAUAAGUUACUGUUUCGAAUGCGCUAAAUUCAUGUGCAGUGAUUGUGUAAACGCACAUCAACUGUUUAGUCAUUUUACAGAAGGACACAAGGUGACGCCAGUCAAGCAGUUUCAGCCCCAAGACUAUGAAGCGCUAAUGAGGAGGCAGUCAUUUUGUUCGCAGCAGUAUCACGAGCGAGAAGUAACGAGGUUUUUCUGCCUUAAAUGCCAAAUCUGUGUUUGCCAAAUAUGCAUUGCUACGGAUCAUAAACAAGACUAUGAAGCGCUAAUGAGGAGGCAGUCAUUUUGUUCGCAGCAGUAUCACGAGCGAGAAGUAACGAGGUUUUUCUGCCUUAAAUGCCAAAUCUGUGUUUGCCAAAUAUGCAUUGCUACGGAUCAUAAGGCACAUGACGUGGAACCAUUAGAGAAAGCAGCCGACGACGAGAAAGCCAAAAUCCUGACAAGAACCGAGGUAUUGAAAACAAAAAUAAAGUUUUUUGGCGAUACGAUUCGUGAAUAUGAACAAACAGUACUUGAACUGGAGACAAAUCUCACUAACGCUAAACGUGAAGUUUCCAAAGCUGCCGAACAAAUGAUCGCCAAGAUUCGAGAAGACGAGCGGCGAAUUAUUACCGCCCUCGAGAACACCCGCGCGUCAAGAGCAGAUAAGUUAGACUCUGCAAAGGCACAAGUGCAAUCCUUGCUGAAGCAAAUCAACCAAGCAAUCGAGUUUGCUGAAAAUCUCAUUCAAAGAAGCUCCAGCUCAGAUGUAAUGCAAAGCAAGAAUUAUCUAGAACAACGAUUUAAUGAUCUUGAAAACACGCCGAUCCCAGAACUUCCGGUCAAUUCAUUCCUGAAGUUUUAUCAAACAAAAGAAGAAAAGAAUUUAACUCUUGGUUACAUAGCAACAAGUGAACCAGUAGUAGGACUGACGAAAGAUUUCCAAGCUGGUAUGGAAUCACAGUUUGAAGUUCAUCCACAAAUACUUGGAGAAGAGGUGUAUGACAUUAAAGUGCUUGUGGAACCCGCUGAAAAAAUAGGAAGUUUGACAACUUGCGAAAAUCAAGAUGGAGAUUACACCGUGAAGUUUACACCUAAAGUUCCAGGAACUUUCAAUAUCACAAUAAAGGUAAAUGGCAAGGAGUUUGCAAGAAGUCCCUAUAAUGUCCAAGUAAAACAACGACUUAUUCAAGUUGUGGGAGAGAUGGAAAUAAAAGGAGAAACUCUUAAAACGCCAAGUGGAAUUGCCGUGAGCAGCAAAGGGCAAAUCGCUGUUGUUGACAAUGAAAAACACUGUCUCCUGAUAACUGAUAAGGACGGAAACUGUGUAAGAAAAGUGGGUUGUCAUGGAAACAAUGCUGGACAGCUUAACCAUCCACUUGACGUCACAUAUCUAAACGAUGAUAACAUUCUUCUAGCGGAUCAAUUAAAUCAUCGCAUUCAACAAUUUAAUGUUCGAACAGGGAACUAUGUAAAAAGCUUUGGAAAGAAAGGGACAAAAGAUGGUGAGUUUCAGAACCCUGCCAGUGUUUGUGUGGAUGAAGAAGGCCGUGUUAUAGUUGCUGAUUUUCAUAACAAUAGAAUACAAGUUUUAUCACAGGAUGGUGAACCUUUAAUUCAAAUUGGAAACAGUGGACCAGAAAAACUAUACACACCCAUGUCGUGUAUUUACCAUGAGAACAAGUUCAUUGUUUCUGACUGGGGUAAUUAUUGCUUGAAAGUGUUUGAUAAUACUGGAAAGUUUUUGUACAAGAUAGGAGAACAAGGGGAGGCUGAUGGACUGUUUCAUGGGCCUUAUGGACUGUGUGUCCAGAAAUGUGGCGAUCACCAUAAUCUUCUUAUUUGUAAUAGAGCCAAUGGCCGGGUUGAUCAGUUUACAGUGGAGGGCUGUUUCACUGGAAAAACUGUUGUUAAGUUACAAGACACUACAAGAAUAACUACAACACCCGAUGGACUUGUUUUAGUUACAGACUAUGAGACCAAAAAAAUUCACAUUCUAAAAUAAUUAAAAAGCAACAGACUGGAUAAUCAAACAAAUAUACAUCCUGAAAAAAGUAAAACGAUAACUUGGUAUGGUAAAAGGAAUAAGUAAAUAAUAGCUGAAUGCUUUUAACAAGGAAUUGACCUAAGGCAAUUCCGACAAUAUAUUAUCAGCACUGAAGUAACAAAAAUGCUUUAUAAGGACAGACUUGUCUGACAAAGUCAGAUGGCUCGAUGAGGUUUCAAAAGUUAAUAAGUCUGAGCAGAAAUUACGUUUCCAUUAACAAACAUUUGGAAAAAUUACAAGCCUGCGAGCAAAUAUCCCGCCCCCGUACCCCUCGGGGUCCUAGGAGAGCUUGCUGGCAGGCUAAAAAAUUACCACCACACCACAGUUGUGUGGUCCAUGGGGACUGUGUGUCCAGAAAUGUGGCAAUCAUUACAACCUUAUUGACUGUAUGCAAUACUGGCAAUGGUCUUGUUGAUCAGUUAAGUCACAGAAAGAGACCUGCAGCAAUAAUUGCGACAUGAUAGAAUCUAAUUAACAACUAUUCCUAUCGAGCCCGAAUGGGCUCUGAGUCAAUAGCCCAUGAGGCCGAAGGCCGAAUUAGCUAUUGACUCAGGGGUCAUGAGGGCGAGAGGAAUAAUUGUUUUAGUAAAAUCCAACUAGUUGGUCAAAAAUAUCGAGAAUAAAAAAAUGUUAGCUGCUUAAAGCUAGAAUUCAAUCCUUUAUUGUCGCCAAAAAGCCGGCGCUUUUCGCUACUAGUAGGCUAUAACAUAUUGCCUAGUAGUAGCUUAACCAAUCAGAACGCAGCAUUGAUAAUAGACCACUAGUUGGAUUUUACUAAAGGUGAAUAGCCCCUGAACACAAUCGGUCAGCAAGAGUAUUAAUGACAAUGCCGGACAAAUGUUUCUGUAGAGAGACAGCUGUGUGACAACACAAUAUUUCAGUGAAGCAAUUGCAAAGGAUAAGAUAUUAAAGUUGACCAAAGUUAGAGAAAAAUGCGGAGUAAACUACGAGUCAUAACACAGUAAAUAAUUCUCUUUCUGAUAGUAUUUUCACAAGGCCUGAUAUAUUAAGGAGUUAUGCAAGUUUGUAGAUGAUAUAAUAGAUGAAAGAAGCUUUCUUGCUACUAUUUUUAAAAGGACGAUGUCACUAAUAAUUUUGUAACAGUUAUCAAAAAGAUCAUUCCCCCGUCAAAGGCAAUUUAAAGUAUGGUUGCAAUAUUAAAAAAGGAAAGAAAAAAAUUGGCACUGAUUAUUUCCCUUUUGUUUUUAGACAAAGCAAAAGUGAGCCAAAAUUGCUUCAUAACUACGCAAAAUUUUCUGAGUUCAUAUGAUUAGUAAGGUCUCUUAGGAGGGUCUCCAAGAAACGGACACACACAAUAAUCACAAGACUUUGUGCAGCCUCAUAUAAUACACAAUAAUAACGAGUUAUACUUGCUUCACCUUUGCUUACUGCUGUUCUUUUCAUAUCAAUGGAUCAGAAAGAAAUAUUUUUAUUUUCGCUGUUUAUGAUUGAAAUAUGGAAUAAUCCUCCAGACAUGCUGCCCCUUUAUUGUUAAUCUGUUAACCUAUUCACAUCAAAGCUGCCAGUGUGGAUCCACAUUACUUGAGCCUCUAGCCCGCAAGCAAGCUCUCCAUUUCGAGUGGCGAGCGAAGCGAGCCGCGAGAGAACGCGCGAGCGAGCGGCGGAGCCGUGAAGGAGUACCCUCCUUUCUUUCUCCACCCCUCGCACUCGCGUCUCUUUUAGCGUGCGGCUCUCGCGUGACUUCUCGCGACUCCUCCAAAAGGAGAGCUUGAUCGCAGGUUAUUGUACCACUUGUAAAGUCAUCAGAUUAAACCGUCAUUAACGAGCUUUACACCUACCCUGUGCAAGGGAAAGAGUUAAUAAAAACGACUCGAAUGAACACGAAGGCCAAACCCUUUUUCAAAUUUUCAGAAAGUGCCCAAACGCCCACUUGUUAAAAUUCGAAGCCCCUGAAAGUGAAUUCUUGAUUUACAAGAUUACAAGAUUUAUUCUUUUUACUUCUUUGAAUUAUAUUUACUACCAUAUUCACCUGGUAACUAACUUCUGGUUUUCAAUUUAUGUUCGCCAAAUAAUUGAAUCAAAUUAAUAAUAUAGCUCACAAACUGCUGGUUGACAUUUUAGAGAAAAGAACUGGUGUUCCUAAUGCACUAAUUUCCGGCUCAUUGUAUGGACUAGGUCCUCGAGAGUCGGAUAACAACGGUGAAACUCCGGCCGGCGUACACAUUCUGUAAACGUUUAGAAGUGCGGUUUGCAUAGCGGGGUGUUGAAUGAAAACUAAUAGCCUGUUCAUCAUUCUGCACAAACCUGUUUUCAGAUUUGCUCUGGUUUAUGACUGAAGGCGCAUCAGGUUCGUUUCUAUUUGAAUCUGAAGACGAGGCUGGCUGCUCAACCAAGCGAAGCGGCGACGAUGAGAAAGAGAGAAGCGAAUGAUUAGACAGGAAAACAAUGACACCGAGUUCACUUCCUGCUUGCUGGGAGAACAAUUUGGGGAAGAAAAUAGGUCAAGUGUUCCGCUAAAGUGUUUUGAACACCAAGAAAGGGAUUCACCGUUCAAGAGUCUUGGAGAAGAAUACAAACAUGGUGUGUCAGGACAACCACCCUUCGCUCGAGACAGAGAUUGUGAAAAACAAGUCAGGGGACGUAUGCAUCAUCUCAAAAAAUAAGUUAAAGGGACUGGUUCACGAUAAUGCGCAUGUGUGAGUUCUGACAUUUGCUGAUUGUUUUUUAACCAAUCGGAAGCGAGUUAGAUUUACAAAAUUCAAAUCAAUUGUUCGCGACGCGAGAGUAUUUCCGGGCAUUUGGUUUGAUUUUAUUUAUCCCCAUAAUUCAAGUUUAUUCUUUUCUACUCCUCAGAUAUAUGUUGCAGCCGAUAAGAAUAAGAUUUACAGCCCUGUCCUGCUUUCAAACAAACAUUUACCAACGUGUAUUUUUACGAGGUCGUACCCACGCUAACAAUAGAGUCACCGAUCGGCAAACAAAAUCUGUAAACAAACAUCUUAUUACUGUUCUCUCAGUUCGCCUUAUAUAAACCCAGAAAUACCUACAAAUAGCGCCCGACCGGUGACAAAAAAAAAAAAAAAANUACGAUCGUAAAGCAAAGAUACAAGGAACAUUUCAAGUGUACCAGAUCGGUGAAGAUCGAGCGGCCUGUUGCGGUAUAACUACAGGUCGGAGUCAAAAAUCAAAUCAAAGUUGAACGAACUCAUGCCUUUAACCACUUUCCAAGUGUCGUGUAUUCUUUUCGUAUGCCACACACUACUCCUAGAACCAUACCAGAUCGAUAGGCUAAGCUUCUCUAUCUCCAGAGACUCUUGAGAACGUCCUGUUGCCGGACGGCCACGAUGCUCCUCUGAACCUCCAUGAUCAAAACAUUAUUUUUUGCGUCCUCUUAAAACGUAACCAGUCAAACGACACAACCACAGGUUAAUCACGACUACCGAAGUAUAACUAGACCAGCCAAAGCGACGGAUGUCCGAAUAAAACGAAGGAUUUUCAAUGAUUGUACCGGUAAUGGCGAUUUCGAAUUUAGUGUUGACCCGACAAAUUUAUUCUGAAGAGACAAACGACGCGCAUGCGCAGUAUCGUGAACCAGUCCCUUAAACAUGUCAUCUGCCAACGAAUAACUGUUUCGUUGACAAGAAGCAGCUUUUUGACCUUCGGUUUGUUGGAUCUCCGCUUCAUUCUUAUCCUGAUCAUGUGACCAUUUGUUUAGCUCUUCGCACCCCAGGGACGUGGUGCAAUUAACGACUUCCUCUUCAAGUAACUCUUUCAUUGAUUCUAAGCGGCACACAACCUUCACUUGCUUCAUUAUUUCUUCUCCACAAUGAGUGGGCUUCCGUUGAUUGUUCUUCGUGAAACUGCUGAAAAAACCAACAAAAAAUUGGCUCCAUUGGUUUUUUCCUCUCAUGUUUUUUCACGAAUAGACUUUUCAGAGAGCUCAGUGAAAACGGUGUUGCAGUUUCUAAGAAAUUGAGAAUCUGAUAAUUCAAUGUCAAGUACCGGCAUUAGAUUCACGUUUGAAUCGCUCUUACGGACCCACUGUUGUCUUACAGAAUCCUUUUGCGUGAAAAAGCAGUCACCGAUAAUGAAGUCCAGAACGUUAUCAGAAAUUUCAGUGUUGUUUCUUUUCGUAUUCUCUUUAAUAUCGUGUUUGUUACUGGCUAAUGUUCUAGACACCUCUACCUUUAGUUGAAGUUCAAACGGGUCAGCGGACCUCAUAGCAUCAGCAGACGCCGACGGUGUUUUCUGCCCUAUAUUUCCACAAUCGAGCUCCAUAUCAGCUAAGAAGGCGUCUAGAUCUUCAGAAGAAGGAAAAUCAGUAAAUUCUGUGUAAUCCUCUUUAACAAAUCCAUGAACGACAUCACUGAAACUAACACUCUGUGACGUAACCAUCUCACCGGGUGUCUUCUCUUCUGACGUCACGCAUGAUUUUUGGAAUUUAUGAUUGGCUGAAAUUGUUCUUUCGUCAUAUUAUUUAGAGCAUCCAGUUCCAAAUCAGCUAGAAAUGCACUGAGAUCCACUGACGAAGGAAAGUCAUCGUACUCUGUCCAUUCAAUGCCUUCUUGUGGCACAAGAAGGUUGCUCUUCUUUGUAGAUAUCAAGUUUUUUCAGAAUUCAGUCCCCUUGUUUGAGAAGUUAGCUGUGUAAAGCGAGGCGAGUUUGAGUUAUUACUGCUGGUGUCUUAUUCCUGAGAUAAAACUUGAUCACUUUGAUCUAAAUUAGAAAAAAGAAAACACAUUUGACCAAUUUGGCCGCAACCAAACCAGAUUAAUAUACUAACAUUGGAUUUUUAUAGACACCCAAGUAUUUAUAACAAGGGUCGAUUCUGAUUAGAAAGCAAAUCUGUGUUAACAUCAAAUUCAAAGUCGUAGGUCGCCAGGCUCUAUUCUUCCUUCUUAAUACUGGUAUUAUUUCUUCGGUGAAGGUACCUGAGUCACCAAAAAAAAAAAUAAGCACGGAAAAACAAAAUCAGAGUACUUGACUUUCUUCAACUUUCGUCGAAUUGGUGACAAUCCCAACGAAAUGGGGCAGCGGCCACUAACAAUAUAAGAGACCGUUUAAUAAAGAAGCUUGCAUUUAUUAAUUGACAAAAAAACAAAAAAACAAUACACUACCGUUGUAUUAAAUUACAUCGUCAGUUCACAACUGAUACAGGCAACUAUCAAGUUUGACCUCAAAAGUUAAAGUUCUGAUGAGGAAUUCGUGAUCCUGCGAGACUGCAUCACUGAAAAAAACAAUGAUUAUUCAGUUAAACGAUGCGGAUCCAAAAUCCAAGAGUUUUCCAUUUCAUACCAAACCUUGCCGUUAUCCUCACACUAUCUUUCAUUCAGAAAACAAAAAUUCAAAAGAAUGAUUGGAAAUUGUGUCAACCUCUGCCCCACAAUCAGAGAGUAAGUUUAAUUGGCUACCUGAAAUAUAGUGUUUUCAAAAUGUCUUUAUUGUAACACACACGGAACGAGAUAAAUAAUAAUACUAAUCAGAAUUCUUUAAACGCUCAAGCUCAGUAAAAAGAUGGACUUUCGGACUUGAACAGAACCACUUGUACUAUGAAUCCAAAGUGAAAGAAUAUUUCCUCUGUUAUACUACUACAUGAGAAAUUUCUGCAAUUUGAUUGGCUUAGAGCAGUGGUAUUUCAGCUUAAUUUAAAAUACCUACAUGUGAAAAUUACAAACCUUUUGUAGGUAGUAGUAUAAACAAAUAAUAGCAUGAUUUGUACGAGAUAUUCGGCAUAAAUACCACUUAUGAUAUUUCAAAAUUGUCUCAAAUUUCACUCGCCUAACGGCUCGUGAAAUUACGUAUAACAAUUUUGAAAUAUCACUCGUGGUAUUUAUGCAAAUCAUGCUAUUACCUAUACUAAUACAAAUGUACCCGUCAGCGUGCGCAGUUUCUUUGUUUUUGUCAAAAUAAUUUCAGACAAGUCACGCUUAAGACCUUUAUAGCUUCUUUGAAACUUCCGCUUUUAGACUAAGGUCAGAAGGAGGAAAGAUUUAAAUUUGGUUGGCUGCCUAGCUGUCGGCAGGGAAAUGCAAAUUGUUUUUGUAAUACUAGUAGUGCUUUAUAUGGUCCAAGUUUCCCGGAAUCACACUGAACAAGAAUAGGGUGUAAAAGGAAACUCGAACGAUGGAGUCUUUGUUAAAGAAUCUUAAAGAACAUGUUACUUGUUCAAUCUGUCUGGAUACUUUCACCGAUCCCAAGACAAUAACCUGCCUGCAUACAUUCUGCUGUGAGUGUUUGAAAAAACAUGCACUGAUCAGCCAACGGAAUGGAAAGUUUCGUUGCCCCGAGUGUCAAGCUGAAGUUGAUCUUCCAGAAGCAAACCGUUUUGACAAAUUACCGACCAGUUUUCAUCAUAAUAGUCUGCUCAGUGUUCUCGCCAUACGACAAAGCGGAAAAGGAAAUGAUACCAGUUGUGGCGUUUGCAAGAAAAUGAGUGCGGAGAUAAGUUACUGCUUCGAGUGCGCUAAAUUCAUGUGCAGUGACUGUGUAAACGCACAUCAACUGUUUAGUCAUUUUACAGAAGGACACAAGGUGACGCCAGUCAAACAGUUCCAGCCUCAAGACUAUGAAGCACUAAUGAGGAAGCAGUCAUUUUGUUCGCAGCAGUAUCACGAGCGAGAAGUAACGAGGUUUUUCUGCCUUAAAUGCCAAAUCUGUGUUUGCCAAAUAUGCAUUGCUACGGAUCAUUAA